AUGCAACGUUUUCAUCGACUUGGAAGUGUGGGUAUGGUAUUGAUUAUUACAGCAUUUACUUUCCAUCUACUUGCUAUUUCAUACGAUCGGUGGACGUUGAUUACAUGUAAAACAUGUUCGUAUACGUACUAUUUUCGUGAAUGGAGGACAUCGAUUCGUCAACGAUGCUACCGAAUAUCAUUGAUGGAAUAUACUGGAAUUUCUAACGCAGAAGAGGAUAUUAAAACGGACCCAUUUGCAACUUUCGUCUGUAUUCCAGAUAAAUAUGUGUAUGCAACGGAUUCAGCCAAUAUAGCUCAAUGUAUAGGACGCGCGGAUAUUGAUCCACAUAAUGCAUGUACAAGUAGUUCGCUUGAUGAGGACGUGUGCCAAUGCGAUUAUACCAGAAAAACGAAAGCUGUAAUUGGCUUUGCGGUGAUUUCCAGUAUAAUACUUGGGUUAAUGGUUAUCGUAUCGCAUUUCGCAAGUUACAUUCCAUAUGAUUUCAUUCUGAAAUGGCUCUUACCGGGCGGAUUUAUUUCCUUAGUAGCGGCAUUUACAUUUAUAUUCAUCACUCUUAUUAUGAUGGGUAGUGGUAAAAGUGACUAUGUAAAUAGAGUUGUGGUAUGGAGAACAUUACAAGUGGCACAAUAUAACCUGUCAACAACCUUGAAUGAUACGACUAUCUCGAGUGAAUUAAGUCAGAGCAAUUUUGAUAUUAAGUUGGGUUUCUCGUUUGGAAUGGAAAUUAUAGCUGCUCACUUUACAUUGAUGUCAGCAAUUGUCUAUGCUCUAAUGUUUCUUGGCAAAAGACGACCAAAUGCAUGA